CCAUAUUCCAGCAAAUGUUCUGUCUGACAUAACAAGCUCCCUUCUUAAGCGUGUCAACUGCGCACAAGGCCCGCCCUGUCAGACACGUGAAUUUUCGCGAGGCCAAUUGUCUUUCCCUGCGACGUUCAUCGCAAACAACCGUCUCACAAAAAGUGCCAGCUUGACCCAUUGUCCAUUGCACGGCCAUUUUACAGAUCAUUGCCUCUCCAAUCACCAUCAUACACUCAGUGACUUGUAGUGACUUGUUAUCUGUAGUCUGUCUACUGGCAGUGAUCCAUUCCGCUGUCGCAACGCCUCCGCCCUUGCGCCUUCCUCCAUCAUGGCAGACCGGUUCCCUUCAAUUGAAGACAUUGAUGCAGGAGAAACAGAUGUCCGCCCCGAUCCGUCUGCCCAAGGCAGCUUUCUCGAGCGCGAACGGGCGUUGCUGGGAGAGGACGCCGACCUUUUCAAUGCCAACGACAGACCUGGUGCAGCUACAGUCGAAGACGGCGAUGACGAUCUGUUAGGUGGUGAUGGCGACUUCACAGCUGCUCCGACACAGCCAUCAGGUGGUGACGGACAACAAGACCUAGAUGACUUUGAAAGCUCCUUUCCUGCCAUUGACACACGAAACGAGAGCGUCGCACCCGGGGGCACUAUAACCGAUUCGACCUCCUUCGGCGGCUACACAAACUACACUGCUCCAGCACAAGACGAAGACACCGAACCGAUCCGCGAAUGGCGAGCCAAACGGGACGCCGAAAUCGCCCGUCGCGACGAAGCCAGCCAACGCAAGAAGGAAGAGACCAUUUCCACCGCACAAAAGGACAUUGAUUCUUUCUACGAAUCCUACAACCGCAAGGUCGACAAGCAAAAGGCGCAGACUGCGAAAGAGGCAGAAGAAUUCCUAGCAAAGAGAGAAGACACCACUGCGGGCGGUACAGCUUGGGAGAGAAUUGCCAAGUUGGUUGACUUGAGCGGGAAAGGCCAGUCGGGCGGUGGGGAUGGCAGUUCCAAGAAGAGAAUGCGCGAGCUGCUACUGAGCCUGAAAGCGGACAAGGACGCGCCGGGCGUAGCGGGGGUUUGAAGAUCAGAUGAGUAGGCGAUGACUGCGCGGCUGGGAAGAGAUAGACAGGGAGAAGAAGAUUCGUUCGUGCUCGUGGCUCUUGACCAUGGAACCAUGACCUACACUUUGCUGCCGGUCAUUUCCCCGGGCCAAAAGCUUUUGAGGACACUGUCGACAUAUCGUGGCUGAAGACUAUGACACUCGUGGAGGAUGUGUGGAAUGAAAAUUGGCGUUUUUAGAGUCGGCAUCAUGGCUUGUAAUGGAUCUACAUAUGCGCGCUCGAGGUCCUAGAUGGGACGGAUAACUGUCGUGAACAAAUACAUCCGAAGCAUUGAGGGGAAGAGGUUUCCUGCCGCCUCGCAUUGUGCAGAAAAGCGCUGGGAACCGACGCGAUACAAGAACCAGAGAAUGAAAAUUGCGUUGAUUUGCACA